UUUUCAUCUGAGAUGAUCAUUGGAUCAGAAUUGAAACACGAGUGGGAUUGAUAAUUUAUUGGCAGUGUUGUUCUCACUUCUCAUCGGAAAAGAAAAACACGUAACUCGUCAAGUUGAAAAGCGAGAGUAGGACUGUAUAGUUGACACUUCUUAGUUGAGUUGAGUUUUGAGUUGAGUUGAGUUUCACUCCGAUUCACUUCAAUCAUCGAUUAAACCCUAAUCACUGAAUGGAAGAUCCAUCGGAGAGGUUGGGAUCGGGUGAUUUGGAUUCCGUCUCCGCAGUUAAGACCGACGACUUCUCCAUGGAAAUUGAUCCGCCUUUUCAGGAAAACGCUGUAACAGCCGAGGACUGGCGGAAGUCUCUCAGCAAAGUCGUUCCUGCAGUCGUCGUUCUUCGGAUAACCGCUACUCGUGCUUUCGAUACUGAGUCCGCUUCCGCCAGCUACGCUACUGGUUUUGUCGUUGAUAAACGCCGUGGUAUUAUUCUCACCAAUCGCCAUGUCGUCAAGCCUGGACCUGUUGUUGCAGAAGCUAUGUUUUUGAACCGGGAAGAGGUUCCGGUGCAUCCUAUAUACAGAGAUCCAGUUCAUGAUUUUGGGUUCUUUCGGUAUGAUCCUAGUGCUAUACAAUUUCUAAACUAUGAAGAGAUACCUCUUGCUCCCGAGGGUGCUUGUGUUGGAUUAGAAAUCAGAGUUGUUGGUAAUGAUAGUGGUGAGAAGGUUUCCAUUUUGGCUGGUACUCUUGCUCGUUUGGACAGGGAUGCUCCUCACUAUAAAAAGGAUGGGUAUAAUGACUUCAACACAUUCUAUAUGCAAGCAGCAUCUGGGACCAAAGGAGGAUCAAGUGGUUCCCCAGUUAUAGAUUGGCAAGGCAGGGCAGUUGGCCUGAAUGCUGGGAGCAAGACAACAAGUGCAUCAGCAUUCUUUUUACCUCUAGAACGAGUUGUGAGAGCAUUAAGGUAUCUUCAAAAGGGGAGAGAAACAUAUGUUGAUAAAUGGAUGGCAGUUUCUAUACCUCGCGGUACACUUCAGGUGACUUUUCUCCAUAAAGGGUUUGAUGAGACUCGUCGACUUGGCCUUAGAAGUGAGACAGAGCAGACAGUACGGCAUGCUUCUCCUGCCAGUGAAACUGGAAUGCUUGUUGUGGAAUCUGCAGUGCCAGGUGGUCCAGGCUAUAAACAUUUGGAACCGGGUGAUGUACUUGUUCGUGUCAAUGGCGAGGUCAUAACUCAAUUCCUGAAACUGGAGACUAUACUUGAUGACAGUGUAAACUCAAACAUCGAAUUACAAAUUGAAAGAGGUGGUGUGUCAAAGAGUUUAACUCUAAUGGUGCAAGAUCUGCACUCAAUAACUCCCAAUUAUUUCUUGCAAGUUAGUGGAGCAAUAAUCCAUCCUCUUUCAUAUCAGCAGGCUAGGAACUUCCGAUUUCAAUGUGGUCUUGUUUAUGUGACAGAACCGGGAUAUAUGCUCUUUAAAGCAGGAGUUCCCCGCCAUGCAAUAAUUAAAAAAUUUGCUGGUGAAGAAAUAUCUUGCCUUGAGGAACUAAUAUCAGUUCUGUCUAAGCUAUCAAGGGGUGCUCGAGUACCAUUGGAGUAUAUAAGCUACGUGGAUCGUCAUCGAAGGAAGUCGGUGUUAGUGACGGUUGAUCGCCACGAAUGGUAUGCUCCUCCCCAGAUAUACACUCGAGACGACAGUACUGGCCUGUGGAUUGCUAAACCUGCUUUUCAGUCUGAAUCCCCUUUUCUAUCAUCUGGGACUAAAGAUGUUGGAAGUCUGGCCAGCAGUCCAAUUUCAUUAACUGGUGAGCAUGCUUGUGGGGGAGAUGUGUCUGAAGGUAACCAUCAUGAGUUGGUUGAUGGUGUCACUAGCAUGGAAACUAAUUACGAAGAAUCUUCAGAGGGUGUAUCUCACCACAGUGGAUCUGAUGGGAUAGUAAAAAAACGGAGAGUAGAUGAUUUAUCAACUGAUGGAAGUGUAGCUGAUAUUUCCUUAAAUGAAUCCGAGGAAACUAAGCUAGAAAAGUCAGGUGCCAUACAGGAUGAUGGGUUAAUGGACUAUCAAGGCGCAACUGCUGCUACCGCAAAUGCAUCGAUAACUGAACGUGUGAUUGAGUCUACUCUGGUGAUGUUUGAGGUGCAUGUUCCUCCGUCUUGUAUGCUUGAUGGUGUUCAUUCGCAGCAUUUUUUUGGAACGGGUGUCAUAAUAUAUCAAACUCAAGAUAUGGGAUUGGUUGCAGUUGACAAGAAUACUGUUGCAGUAUCUUCCUCUGAUGUGUUGCUAUCUUUUGCUGCUUUCCCCAUUGAAAUUCCUGGAGAGGUGGUGUUUCUCCAUCCUGUUCACAAUUAUGCUCUCAUAUCAUAUGACCCAUCUGCCUUGGGACCUGUUGGUGCUUCAGUGGUUCGUGCUGCAGAGUUACUUCCAGAGCCAGCAUUAUGCCGAGGAGAUUCUGUUUACCUUGUGGGCUUAAGCAGAAGCCUUCAAGCAACUUCUAGGAAAUCAGUUGUUACCAAUCCUUGCGCUGCAUUAAAUAUAGGAUCGGCAGACUCCCCACGUUACAGAGCAACAAAUAUGGAAGUUAUUGAGCUUGAUACUGAUUUUGGUAGUUCAUUUUCGGGUGUGCUAACAGACGAACAUGGAAGGGUCCAGGCUUUAUGGGGAAGCUUCUCUACUCAGCUGAAAUUCAGUGGCAGUACAUCAGAAGAUCAUCAAUUCGUGAGGGGAAUGCCGAUUUAUGCAAUAAGCCAGGUCCUGGAUAAGAUCAUAUCUGCUGCAAAUGGGCCACCUCUUCUCAUAAAUGGUGUCAAAAGGCCUAUGCCACUUGUGAGAAUAUUAGAAGUUGAACUUUAUCCAACAUUACUUUCAAAGGCUCGCAGUUUUGGAUUAAGCGAUGUUUGGAUUCAGGCGCUUGUUAAGAAAGAUCCAAUAAGACGGCAGGUUUUACGUGUUAAAGGUUGUUUGGCUGGAUCAAAGGCUGAGAAUCUUUUGGAGCAAGGAGACAUGAUUUUAGCAAUCAAUAAAAAACCAGUCACAUGCUUCCUUGACAUUGAAAAUGCUUGCCAAGCCUUAGAUAAAUCUAAUACCAAUGAUGGCUUGCUCCAGAUGACUAUUUUUCGGCAGGGACGAGAGGUUGAACUUCUUGUGGGAACAGAUGUUAGGGAUGGAAAUGGCACAACCCGUACAGUUAAUUGGUGUGGUUGUGUAGUUCAAGAUCCACAUUCAGCGGUACGCGCUCUUGGAUUUCUUCCUGAAGAGGGUCACGGUGUAUAUGUGGCAAGGUGGUGUCACGGGAGUCCGGUACAUAGAUAUGGUCUGUAUGCUCUUCAGUGGAUAGUUGAAAUUAAUGGAAAGCCAACUCCAGAUCUAGAUUCUUUUGUUAAUGUGACUAAGGAAUUAGAGCAUGGAGAGUUUGUUCGUAUUAGAACAAUUCACCUCAAUGGAAAGCCAAGAGUCCUAACAUUGAAGCAAGAUUUGCACUACUGGCCUACAUGGGAAUUGAGAUUUAAUCCAGACACUGCAGUUUGGCAUCGAAAUGUAAUCAAGGCAUUGAACUGCAAUUCUGUAUGAAUCAGAAGAGUAUAGUAUAAAUUAUACGUCCCUACCUAAGCAGCAGCCCAGGAGCAAAGACGUCUUCCAAGUUUUGAUUCGCGAUUUGGCAGUGCUGACUUGAUCUAGAUUUGACGCCCUUCGUCCAAUACUCUAUUGCAUUGCCAUGUUUGACUAGUGACAAGUUAUGAAGCAUUCGAUUCAGGCUGGCAACAAGUUAUUUCGACUCUGCACCACAUUAUUUAACCUCUUGGAUAAUUAUAAUUUAUAGUAUCAUAUACUGGAAAACUUGGAUAAUUAUGAAAAAAUUAAAUAAGUAUUUAUAAUUUUUUAUUA